CCAGAAUUAAAAUACGGAAAUUAGCAUUAUAUGGUUAACGAGAUGAAAUUGGCUAAGCACCUCUUAGGUGUUGACCGUUGUUCAGCUUAACCUCAUAUACGUUGUUCAAUUUUCAAGGCCUAGGCACUAGUCCGCCUAUUUUGUCUAGGCGUUGUGGCGAUAAUAAUGUACAAAUGUCGGUCUUAGAAGCUGUGCUACAAACUUUAAAAACCCUAAGGUUUGAUAACUCAACGGCACCUUCCAAUGCUUCUGAUGCAGAAUAUGAGAACUUGGAAACAUCUGAAAAACUUCGAGUAUUUCACACUUUACCCACACUAGCCAGUAGUCUGGGUCCGGUGGAUACACGUGAAAAACUCAUACCUACAAUCUCAGAAGUUGUUUCCAACGCUAUUGAUGCUGGCGACGAUGAAAUUCUCAUGGUUAUAGCUCAAAAGCUGGGUUCCUUUGGCGAUCUAGUUGGUGGUGCUGAACACAUAUCUUUAAUUGUUGUAAGUUGCUUGUGUACUUGUUGAAUCCUCAAUAAAACAACUAAGUUCUUAAAGUGUACCAUAUUUGUGGUGGUUAAGGCCUAGUUUCUUUUACUUACACUUGAAGGAUUCGCCUCUCUGAAGCCAUAUUCCAGAGCCGACAUCAACCUGUCGGAGAAAUACUGUAGUUGAACGAAGAUUAGUGUUAAAGGAUGUUUCAAAUUCUGUGUUAGAAUGGUUUUCCGGUUUUCUAAAAAUCGCUCAACUAAUUCUCUCUUUAGUGCAAAUCCCAUCCUGGCAAAUAUCAUAUAUUCCAUCGAGGAAGUUGUUGUAGCUGAAGCUGCUUGUAAUUCUUUAAUAGCACUCCUUCCAAAGCUUCCAAAUGAUGUUGUGGAUAACACGUUUACCCCAAUUAUCCGUCACAUCAUUGAAGAGGAUCUUUAUUGUGCUUCAAGAAAAGUGGUUACAAAACUAAUUAUUGCCUGUUAUCCGAUGGUCUCAGCACGAAAUCAAGUGGAUUUUAAGUACCGACUUUUCCAUUUGGCUGAUAGUGAAGAUGAAGUCCCUUUAGUUCGGGCUGCUGCUGUUCAACAACUUGUUCCACUUGCAAAACUUUUCGGUCCAGAUUUAAAAUCAGAACUAAGUCUGCUGCUUGCAAGUUUGGUUUCUGAUAAUCAACGUGUUGUUCGAGCAGCCUGUUUACCACCGUUAGUGGAAUUGGGACGGAUGGUUACGGAUGCAGCAGAGUUUGACUCAACUAUCAGACCAUGUAUUGACAAACUUGCUGGGGAUCCUAGCAGAGAUGUGAGGCGGGCGAUGGCAUCAGUUAUCACAAAUCUUCAAACUUUAGUUUGUAAUCAUGGCGGAGCCAAUCGAUCAUUGCAUCAGACUAUGUUAAAUCUUCUAGAAGAUAAUGAAGUAGAAACGCGUAGAAUCAGUGCUGGUCAACUGAAAGAUUUCUGCCUUGCAAGCCCCAAAGAUAUUCUUGUUACCAUUUUGUUACCGCGUUUACGUGAACAUUUAUCCAUGGAACGUGAAGAACGAGUACGUUCUGAAUUGGUUCGAUGUGCUGUUGGUUUGUUACCAUCUAUUCGUCGAGAAGAUUGUCUACCUUUGGUACAGCAUAUUUUAGCAUUUUUAAAUGAUACAAGUUCACAGUCCAAACAAUAUGUAUUCGAGCAUUUUUCUGAAUUAGUAGCUUUAAUGCCUGCUAACGAGAUUCAGUUGACCUUAUUACCAAGUCUACUUCGUCUUUGGCAAGAUAAAAAUUGGCGUGUUCGUCUUGGUGUUGUUCAAUCAGUACCUUGUUUAUAUGAUAAGUUGCCGGAAAAUUGUUUACAGGAAACUGUUCUACCUGCAAAUCUUGCAUGGUUACGAGAUCCGGCGUGGUGCGUUCGUGAAUGUGCUUGUCGUAGUCUUGCUCGUUUAUUAGUAGCAUGUCCGGGAGCUUGCAAAAAAGCAUUCAGUGGAGUAGGAUCUAAAGCGACUACAAACUCUGGUUCAGGUAGUAUAACUUCUAAUCCAAACAGUGCUUCAUCUAAUGUAACUAAUCCAACUAGUGGAACAAAUGCAUCAAAUACUUCCACUGGUAAUCUUCCUAGUUCAACAAAUGCUCAAGUGUUAGAUCAAGCAAAUACUUCCGGUCUUUCAACUACAUCAAAUACUUCUGCUGUUAAUCCAGUCAAUGCUUUAACUACACAAGCUGCUGCAGGUGGCCUUAAAGCUCUUGCCGUAGAUACAAAUUAUCAUCUUCGUCAAAUAUACAUUAACGUAGUACAAGCUGUUUGGGGCCCUGGUAUCUUGGAUGAACCUCCUUACAGUGCCCUAGGUGAUGAUCCUAGCGCAGGAAUUCUCUUUCCUGCUUCCCGUAACAUCUAUGCUUAUUUGUCAUCAAAAACAUCGAAGAACCUCACAAAUUCAGAUAAUGUAAAUGUUACAACUGUUCCUAAAGGCUGCCAAGCACCACCACAAAUACCAAAUGUUUAUUUAACCGGGUGUGUAGCUCAGUUAUUACGUUUCCUGUCGGAGGAUGUAGUGCCAAAUGUACGAAUUUGUGCAACACAAGCCCUCCACGUAAUCUCCGGUUCUCUGGAUAAAAAAACUAUUCAAAAUGAUGUGAUACCGGUUUUAAAAAAAGUCAUAGAUUAUGAUUUUGAUCAGGAUGUUCGAUUUUUUGCACAACAAAGCUUAAACUAUUUUACAACUACCUAAUGUUUAUGCGUGUGUAUUCUUCUAAUUCUAUGACUUUAGUAAAUUUAUAGAAGAAGAUGAAGAAGAACUAGAAGGAGAAAACUAUUUCAAUCAUCAUCAUCAUCAUAUGGGAUACUAACAAUAAUGUGGCGAUGAGCUGUGACUUAUUUAGGGAAAUGCAAUUGAUUCACUCUUUUUCAUGGUCAUUAUUAUGUUAGUUUAUUAUUAUUAUUAUUUUCUCCUUUUUUAGAGAGAGAAAUCACUGUUCCAAAGUUUCUUCUACAGUUUUGCUUACUCUGUUUACGUUGCAUUCUUUCUUUCUUUCUUUCUCUAUCUGCUUAUACACUUGUUUCUCUCUGUUUAUUUUUCAAAUUGUAAUAACAUUUAUUUUCUACCUGAAAAAUAAACACACUAUUCGCUUGUUUGUUUAUAUAUAUAUAUAUGUAUUGUUUUUGUUUUUUCAUUGUUUAAAGUCAGUUCAAGCAGCAAUUAUGUUGUUCUUGUUGGUGUUUUUGUUGUUGUUGUUGUUCUAUGUUGUACUCCUCGUUUGUUUCAUAUGAUGUGAAUCGAUCUCUCCCGCAUAGCAAUUGCUUCAUAUUGCUACUUCUGACGAAAUUUUAAUUCCUGCUCAUUCAUUCUCUUCACUUUUUUUUUAAAUCGUUGCCUUAAAGUUAUUUUUAAAGGUAACAAAAUUGCAUGUGAAAUGUAUUUUGUGUGUACACCAUGAUGACUACUACUAAUACUACUAUCAAUCAGCCCAGACCUUUUUCACCCUUUUCCACACACUAAUGCAUAUAAACUUGAUAUUGUUCUUUUGACUGAAGUUUGUUGGUUAUUGUUAUCGUCAUUGCCAAUGCUCGUUUGUUUUUUCUAUUCAAAGUAAUAAAGAGAUUGAAGCUCUAACAACGAUGACAACUGCAGCCACAAUGAUAAUAAACUUAAUUCUAACUAGCUAACUAACUAUGUAUCUUUUGUUUCAUCUGGCUUUAUAUAAUUCUAAUGCUAAUAAUGAUGAUCAUAAUUUUAAAAGUAAACCAGAAAUUACAGUUGCACACGAAUAUGUUAGUUGUUUUCUGUUCUUUUUUUUGUUCAAUGAAUGUGGCCAUUACUUUCUUUUUAGUGAACUUUAGUGUGCAAUCUUGACAGUUGUUAAUGUAAUAACUUUCUCAAUGUAUUGCAAAUGGAUUAGUUGUAUGUGUGUGCGUGUGUUUUUCAAUCACCUCAUUUAUCCUUAAAAUUCCAUCAGGUCUGUUAGGGAUAGUAGCUAAUAACAUUUCAACAUAAAUACAAACACUUAUUUGACCUUAAUUGCUCUCAUAAUCUAUUUGUGGUACAAAUGAGAUGUUCCAGUGGUCUAUCAUUGGGUGAAUGGAUACUCAGUAUUUCUGUCUGUGUUUCCUUUUACAUUUAUGAAAACAGAUAUUGAGGGUAUAAUUUUAAGAUUCGGUUUCAUUUAUUCUUAUAGGAUUAUUGUUGAGUAGUUGGAUUAUGAGGUUAAUAAUAUUGAGUUUUGGUGUAUGUUACUAGGCAAUCUAAUUCAAAACCCUACAGGAAAUCUUUCUCUUUAGAUUUGUUUUCACGAAGUAAUUAUUUAUGUAAAUCGUCAAAUGUACACACGUAUCUUCGUUAAAAGCUCACGACCUAUAUUGAUAUUAAAUGCCAUAGUCGUUAAUUUAUUCUCCUUGAUGAACACACUAUAUUAAACAUGAUAUACC